AUGUCCCCGUUCAACUCUUGUAGNGUAGACCCGUUUGUGCUUGGCAACCUGCCAUCCAUGGCGUUCACUCUGAAGAUCGCAGACGACAUCGAUCCGAAUCACGUCAGCUAUGCCUGGAUCCAUUCGGAGCACACAGAGAUUCUAGAACCGGGAACAGAAAUAAGUUUGUGGGAGAUCGUCCCAUCGAUAUCAUUGUUCAGUCCGACCGGAAUGAAUGAUAUGUACCAAACCCCAGAACCGUUGUUCGAUCUCCGUUUACCGGAACAAUACACAGACACGAUGUUCUACCCGACGGACGAAGACACACCAAAUUACGAGACCGAUAAAAUCUCGGACCAACCUAGUCGAGCAUUCCGCCUGGUACGUCCAAAACUGGCACAAGCUCGAGUUCGCAGUGGUUCGAAUGAGAAUUCAACUCGGUUUGAUAUAACUGGAAAGUUAAUCACCUGGCUUAAACAACGCAAACGUUCACGACUCACUGGUCCUCUGAUACGCCAUUUGUUUUUUGUGUGUCCCAAAUGUGAACACGUUCAAAUUGUGGAUCCCAAAAAGGUGGUGUUGGAAAUCGGUUAUCGACAAGCGUUACGCAGACGCAGACGUUCGCUGAAUGGAACAGAUGACGGGUUGACCAAUUCCUGUCAGCAUGAUGGACAACAAUUUACCUGCUGUACACAGCCGUUGAAAAUUCACUUUUCCGAAAUUGGUUGGGAUCGUUGGAUCAUACAUCCGAAAAAAUUCGAGCCGAAUUAUUGUCGUGGAUCUUGUCAAGGUUAG